AUGUUGUCAUUUGUGCAAGACAGCCAUCUUGGAGUGCCAGAAGACGACAUCUGGAAAAGCAGCGGAAUGGCCAGUCCAGCAAAAGUGCAAAAAGACGGCGAUGACGCGGUGGAAGGGUUCAUCCAUGACGUGUCACCGAGAAAGCAAUCUAGAAACAGCUCUUCGUUUUUCACAGCCGUUCUACAAAGCGCUCGACAUGAAUACCAUAGAGUGGUCGUUUUUGCGAUGGACAAGCAAUCCGUUUUCAGUCAGGCUGAAAAGAACGGCAACGCAGUUAAACUGCUGAACGUCAGGCGCAGCUUAAGCUUCUCUGAUCCGGACGGAUACGACGUUUUAUGCUCCCGUGCGACCAAAGUGGAGGUUACCAGGCUGCCGUUUCUGCGUCACUCGCCGCCAGGCUGCAAAAGGAUGAGUGUAGCGGAGGUGAAGGCUCUUGGCCCAAAGCAGAAGGUAGGAGAGGUCCGUGGGAAGGUUCGAGUACACAGUUCCUUAAGCAGAAUGGUGACGGUCCGAGGCUCGGACGUUGAGCUCAAAGAAGUAGUAAUCUGCGAUGGGACGGGCGAGAUCAGCGUGACGUUGUGGGACAGCUACGUUAACCAGGCUGAGGGCGGCAAGUCGUAUGCAUUUAAGAACUUGUGUACGAGAGAAAGAGAUGGGAGCAUCCGUCUGUGUACCGGCCCGGGAAGCACCAUCGAGCAGAUCGCAGAUUUGGGAAGUUCCACACGGGGAAGGUGGCGAGGAGGAGGACGGAUCAAAGGCGCUUUUCAGCGCCACUUUAAAGGGCAUCGACGUCGUGAUUCAGCGAAAGUGUUCCAGCUGUCAGUUUAA